AUGUCCCUGCAUGGUGUGCCAUUCUCACAUGGUGUGCCAUUCUCACAUGGUGUGCCAUCCUCACAUGGUGUGCCAUCCUCGAAUGGUGUGCCAACCUCGAAUGGUGUGCCAACCUCACAUGGUGUGCCAUCCACGCUUGGUGUGCCAUCCUUGCAAGGUGUGCCAUCCCCACAAGAUGUGCCUUCCUCACAAAGGGUGCCAUCCUCACAAGGUGUGCUGGCCUCGCAAGGUGUGCUGUCCUCGCAAGGUGUGCCGUCCUCGCAAGGUGUGCCGUCCUCGCAAGGUGUGCCAUCCUUGCAAGGUGUGCUGUCCUCACAAGGUGUGCUGUCCUCACAAGGUGUGCUGUCCUCACAAGGUGUGCUGUCCUCACAAGGUGUGCUGUCCUCACAAGGUGUGCUGUCCUCACAAGGUGUCCUGUCCUCGCAAGUGCAGUCUUUGCAUGCAGUGCAGCCUUCGCAUGGAAGGCAGCCUUCGCAUGGAGUGCAGCCUUCGCAUGAUAGUGCAGCCUACGCAUGGAGUGCAGCCUUCGCAAGGAGUGCAGCCUUCGCAAGGAGUGCUGCCUUCGCAUGGAGUGCUGAAUUCGCACGGAGUGCUGCCUUCGCACGGAGUGCUGCCUUUGCAUGGAGUGCUGCCUUUGCACGGAGUGCUGCCUUCCCAAGGAGUGCUGCCGUCGCAAGGAGUGCUGCCUUCACAAGGAGUGCUGCCUUCGUAAGGAGUGCUGCCUUCGCAAGGAGUGCUGCCUUUGCAAGGAGAGCUGCCUUCGCAAGGAGUGCUGCCAUCGCAAGGAGUGCUGCCUUCGCAAGGAGUGCUGCCUUUGCAAGGAGUGCUGCCUUCGCAAGGAGUGCUGCCUUCGCAAGGUGUGCUGCCUUCGCAAGGAGUGCUGCCUUUGCAAGGAGUGCUGCCUUCGCAAGGAACGCUGCCUUUGCAAGGAGUGCUGCCUUUGCAAGGAGUGCUGCCUUCGCACGGAAAGCAUCCUUUGCAAGGAGUGCUGCCUUUGCACGGAGUGCUGCCUUCGCACGGAGUGCAGCCUUUGCACAUAGUGCUGACUUUGCAUGGAGUGCUGCCUUUCUACAGAUUGCUGCCUUCGCAAGGAGUGCUGCCUUCCCAAGGAGUGCUGCCUUAGGACGGAGUGCUGCCUUCGCUAGGAGUGCUGAAUUCGUACGGAGUGCAGCCUUCGCAAGGAGUGCAGCCUUCGCAAGGAGUGCUGCCUUCGCAAGGAGUGCUGCUUUCGCAAGGAACGCUGCCUUUGCAAGGAGUGCUGCCUUUGCAAGGAGUGCUGCCUUCGCACGGAAAGUAUCCUUCGCAAGGAGUGCUGCCUUUGCACGGAGUGCUGCCUUCGCACUGAGUGCAGCCUUCGCACGUAGUGCUGACUUUGCAUGGAGUGCUGCCUUUCUACAGAUUGCUGCCUUCGCAAGGAGUGCUGCCUUCGCAAAGAGUGCUGACUUCGCAAGUGCUGCCUUCGCAAGGAGGGCUGCCUUCGCAAAGAGUGCUGCCUUCGCAAGGAGUGCUGCCUUUGCACAGAGUGCUGCCUUUGCAGGGAGUGCUGCCUUUGCACAGAGUGCUGCCUCCGCAAGGACUGCUGCCUUUGCAUGGACUGUUGCCUUUGCAUGGACUGUUGCCUUUGCAAGGAGUGCUGCCUUCGCAAGGAGUAAUGCCUUCGCAAGGAGUGCUGCCUUCGCAAGGAGUGCUGCCUUCGCAAGGAGUGCUGCCUUCGCAAGGAGUGCUGCCUUCGCAAGGAGUGCUGCCUUCGCAAGGAGUGCUGCCUUCGCAAUGAGGGCUGCCUUCGCUAGGAGUGCUGCCUUCGCAAGGAGUGCUGUCUUCGCAAGGAGUACUGUCUUCGCAAGGAGUGCUGUCUUCGCAAGGGGUGCUGUCUUCGCAAGGAGUGCUGUCUUCGCAAGGAGUGCUGUCUUCGCAAGGAGUGCUGCCUUCGCAAGGAGUGCUGCCUUCGCAAGGAGUGCUGCCUUCGCAAGGAGUGCUGCCUUCGCAAGGAGUGCUGCCUUCGCAAGGAGUGCUGCCUUCGCAAGGAGUGCUGCCUUCGCAAGGAGUGCUGCCUUCGCAAGGAGUGCUGCCUUCGCAAGGAGUGCUGCCUUCGCAAGGAGUGCUGCCUUCGCAAGGAGUGCUGCCAUCGCAUGGAGUGCUGCCUUGGGACAGAGUGCUGCCUUCACUAGGGGUGUUGCCUUCGUACACAGUGCAGCCUUCGCAAGGAGUGCUGCCUUCGCAAGGUGUGCUGCCUUUGCAAGGAGUACUGCCUUCGCAAGGAGUGCUGCCUUCGCAAGGAGUGCUGCCUUCGCUAGCAGUGUUGCCUUCGCAAGGAGUGUUGCGUUCAGAAGGAGUGGUGCCUCCGCAAGGGGUGCUGCCUUCGCAAGGAGUGCUGCCUUUGCAAGGAGUACUGCCUUCGCAAGGAGUGCUGCCUUCGCAAGGAGUGCUGCCUUCGCAAGGAGUGCUGCCUUCGCGAGGAGGGCUGCCUUCGAGAGGAGGGCUGCCUUCGCAGGGAGUGCUGCCUUCGCAAGGGGUAAUGCCUUCGCAAGUAGUGCUGCCUUCUCAGGGAGUACUGCCUUUGCAACGAGUGCUGCCUUCCAAUGA